AUGUCUCUGUCAUCAUGGGUUCAAGGAGCCUUUACUGGCACAGGGGCGGACCUCCUCUCGUCUUUCUCCAGCCCACCCAUGUCAGCAAAGCCCAAGCUCCGAUGGUGGUGGCCACAUGGAUUGGUCGAUGUUGACGAGAUCAAGAAUGAGAUUGACCAGAUGUACGAUGGCGGCUUUGGUGGUGCAGAGAUUAACGAUGUCCAUCCCAGCAUCCAUGUCGACAUGGAUGCUGCUGGUCACGGCUGGGCCACUGGUCCCUGGCUAGAAGCCGUCCAAGCUGCCGCCGAUCACGCAAAGGCAAAGGGCUUUCAGAUUGACAUUGCCGUCGGACCGUCAUAUCCAGCCUCCAUUCCUACACUGACGCCCGAUGACAAGGCCGCCGAGAAAGAGGUCGCCACUGGCAGAGUGGUCGUAGGAAACGGGACCACCUACAGUGGCUUCGUUCCCGCGCCAUACAAAGCGGCUGGCGAUGAGGUGAGCAAUGCGACUUUGAUUGCUCUGCAAGCUUGGAGAAUGAACGCUGCGAGCAAGACCACUGCUGUUCCUGUUGUUCUUGACUUGGGCACAAGAGUCAAUCUUUGGAACACUGCUUUGACCUCGAACUCGAACAUCACCUUCACACCACCCGACAAUGGCACUUGGCUAAUUAUCUCGUACCAUAUGCGAGGCACCGGACAGAAGGCAGAGGCUGGCCCGCAUGAUGCUCACGACGGUGCCGUCAUUGACCAUUUGUCACCUGAGGGCAUCAAAGCUGCCACAGACUACUUCGACCACAAUAUUCUGUCAUCAGAGCUGAAGUCAGCCUUCAAGACCAUCGGAGGCUCAUUCUUCGAGGACUCGAUUGAGCUUGAGUACAGCACUCUCUGGACCCCUAGAUUGCGUUGCGAGUUCAAGACACGCAUGGGGUACGACAUUUUCCAGUACCUUCCCGCAGUCGCACUAGAGAAUCAGAAGCAGGCAUUCUCCUUCAAUGAUACGGAGGUAACCCGAGGUGUUAUCAACGACUAUUGGGACACCUUGGGCAAGAUGUAUGUUGAUUACCAUGCGGGACAUAUGACUUCGUGGAGCAAGUCUCUUGGCAUGAAGUUCCGUGCGCAGACAUACGGAUUGUCUACCGAAGCCAUGGCAUCCUCAGCGGCUGUUGAUAUACCAGAGGGCGAGAGCCUGGGCUUCAAGAAUCUGGGAGACUACCGAUCUCUGGCCGGUGCUGCUAACAUGAAGGGUUUGAAGCUGAUCUCGAAUGAGGCUUGUGCAUUUGCUGCCUCGGCAUACACCGUGACUUGGGACUUGAUUCUUCAAACUUUGAACCCCAUAUUCACGUCUGGAAACAACCACCAGGUCUUCCACGGCUUCUCCUAUCUCGAGGCACCCACUGCACAGUGGCCGGGUUUCGCUGCGUUCACACCCUACAGCGGCAACAUUGGUUAUUCUGAGUCGUGGGGCCCUCGCAUCCCACUCUGGAACCACGUCAGUGACAUUAUGGGAUAUGUUGGACGCAUGCAGUUGAUUCUUCAGAGAGGACAACCGAAGCACGAUGUGGCCUUCUUCGAACAAAAAGGGUACAUCGGUGCCGGAUAUAACAGCCCCUGGUAUGCUGACAGUGGAACUAUGCUUGGAUGGAGCCUGAACAUCAUCGGGCCUUCGCUUCUUGAUCUCCCCAGUGCCACCGUCCGCGACAAGCGUCUUGCUCCUGAUGGCCCUGGCUACAAAUUGCUGGCAUUCGAGGGGGACGCAUUCACUUCGACCAGACAGCCAAUGACCAAGCUUGCCUCAGCCAAGAAGAUUCAAGAGUUUGCCGAGGCUGGACUGCCUAUUAUGAUUGUUGGCAACUGGUCAUAUGUGACAGCCUACGGAGUAUGUCUCCCCCACCAGCCCCCAAUGCAUGAAAUGUCAGAAGCAAUUGCUCACACAACACAGUUCGGUGAAUUCAAGUACACGCCUCAAAUCACCUCGAUCUUUGCCGACAUUCUCAAGAAGCCUAAUGUCGUGAACGUUGCCACACGCGAUGAUAUCGGAACGGGAAUGACCACCUUUGCUCAGCGCGGACUUCUGCCCGAUGUUCAAUACAACUCUUCUCAGCUCAUCAAUUAUCACCGCGUAGAUGGUGAUCUAGACCACUUUCUCUUCGUCGCUGCCUCGCCCGCAACGUAUGCUGUCUCCACAAAGACCAAAGUCCACGCAGUCGAAGCCGAUGUCAUCAUCCCUAGGCGAUCUGCCAAGGGCGUCCCAGUCAUCAUGAAUCUCUGGACCGGAGAGAUGACUCCUUUGGGACAUUAUGAGGAGCUCUCCGAUACUCAAAUCAAGUUCCACGUGAGUCUGCCCGCGUACGAUGCGAUGAUGGUGACAGUGGUUCCGGUGGGCUCGGUCCCCGUGCAUGCCGUCAAAUCCACUGGGCAGGUCAUCAUCCGGGAGGAUACAGGUCUCUAUCUCCGCUCAAAUCGGGCCGGCAGCUUCACUACGUCUUUGAGCAAUGAUAAGAGUGUCACCAGCAAUGUGGGCUCUAUUCCUGCGGCGAAGGAGCUCAAGGGAUGGACUCUUGAUGUUCAGGACUGGCAGCCCACCAACGACCCUAACAGCACCGAAACCGUCUACACUAACCACAAGCUCCAGCUCGACACUUUGGCGGUGUGGACAAACUUCACCGAGCUGCAGGACGUUUCUGGUAUUGGCACGUACACCACGACUUUCACUCUAGCCUCCGACUGGCCCGAGGAUGCCGGCGCGAUGCUUGGAGUUCCGGACUUCGUUGGCUCGUUCCGUCUAUCGUUGAAUAGCAAGAAGCUGCCCGCCCAGCCGCAGCUCAAGACGCAAUUCGACAUCGGCCCGUGGUUGAAGAAGGGAGAGAACAAGCUCGAGAUCGAGGUCGCCACGACGCUGCUCAACCGCCUGAGGAUAACGCAGCCUGGCGUGUAUGGUGUUGCCAAGAGGCAGGACUACGGCUUGGUGUCGCCAAUCAUGCUUCUGCCUUACCGCGAUACCAAGAUUUCAUCCUAA